AUGCGUCGCACGGCUCUCGUCGCCCUCAUGGGCCAGGUGGCUAUGGGACAGUUGUUCCCCAACACCACCACGACCUCCAGCUCUCGCAGCUCGUCGCUCACCACCAUCCAGACCACCUCAACUGGCCAGACGACAAUCAGCAGUCUGACCACCUCCACUGGCUCGGACACCACUGUGACGACCGAGGUCCCCAUCACGACUUCUGAUGAGGUCACGACCAUUGACAUCACCAGCAGCACUGAGGUUCCCACCACCACCGAUGAGUCGACUACGACUGACACAUCCGCUACCGCCACUGGCACCGAGACCAGCUCGACUUCGUCGUCCGCCACUGGCACCGAGACCAGCUCGACCUCGUCGUCUGCCACCCCGUCUGCCACGGUCAUCCCCAACCCCAGCAACGUUGGCAACUUCUCUCUGCUUGGCUGCUUCGGCUCCACCACUGGUUUCCCUACCUUCGACCUGGUCCUGUCUGCCUCUUCCAUGACCCUCGAGCUUUGCACCGCUUCCUGCCCCGCUGGAAAGCGCUACGCCGGUCUGUUCGGCUCUGACUGCUUCUGCGGUGACAUCGUCAGCGAUGCCACUGCCACCCGUGUCUCUGAGGACAGAUGCAACAUCGCUUGCCCUGGCAACUCUGGCGAGCGUUGUGGUGGCCGCAACACCAGCGGAUCCCUGAAGCGCCAGCUCAUCUCUGCCGAGAUCCUGUUGACCAUCUACAUCCGUGUUGAUGGCGGUAUCGAUGUCACCACCACUGCCACCGUCACCACCACCUUCACUGCCACCACCACUGCCACCAUCGACGGUACUGCUUCCACCGGCGUCACCACUGUCACCACCACCUACUGCCCUCUGUGCCAGGACUGCCAGGGUCCCUUCUGCUACAAGCCCACUCCCAACCCGUGCUCCAACGGCAAGUGCUUCGGCGUUCCCUGCUACGGUGAUGACUGCUACAAGAAGAUCGUCUCCUACGGCGACUACUGCGGCUACGACUACCCCUGCUACGGUGACGACUGCCAGCGCCGUCUCGUCUGGGUUGAUGGCACAUGGCACCCUGAGGUCUGCUCUGGAUACGACUGCGGCCGCAAGAUCAAGUGUGUCUCUGGCAAGUGCGACUACGUCAUCAAGGGAUCCGACUUCGACUCCGAGAAGAUUGUCUGCUACGGCAACGUCUGCAAGGUCGAGUCCUGCUCCGGCGAUGAGUGCAACAAGAAGUACGUCUGCAAGGACAACUCCUGCGUCUUCGAGUCCUGCCCGUACGCCGAUGCCAACAAGAAGUACGAGUACAAGAACGACAAGUACAUCGAGGUCAAGGGCUGCAACCGCUCCUGCCCCGUUCCCCAGCCUCCUUGCUCCGGCGACUCCUGCAAGGUCGUCAUCCCCGUUCCUCCCGUCACCACUGUUGGCUGUGACGGCACCACCUGCAGCACCAUCGUCAUCCCCCAGCCUCCCGUCACCAAGACUCCCUACGUCCCGGCCACCGAGACCAAGCCCGCCGCCAACCCCCCUGCCACCGGCGCUCCUCCCGCUGGUGCUCCCCCGGCUGGUGCUCCCCCCGCCGGCACUCCCCCCGCUGGUGCUCCUCCCGCUGGUACCCCUCCUGCCGGUGCUCCUCCUGCUGGCACUCCUCCUGCCGGUGCUCCCCCUGCUGGCAGCCCCCCCGCUGGUGCUCCCCCUGCUGGCAGCCCCCCCGCUGGUGCUCCCCCCGCUGGUGCUCCCCCCGCUGGUGCUCCUCCCGCUGGAGCUCCUCCUGCUGGAGCUCCCCCGGCCAACUCUGCUGCUCCCCCCGCGGGCGGCAACCCCUCCGGCACUGCCACUGCCAAGCCCCCUGUCGUCACGGCCGGCACCAGCAAGUUCGCUGCCAGCUUCGGCGCUCUUGCCUUCAGCGUUCUUGCUGCCGCUGUUCUUCUGUAA